AGGCUUCAGAGGAGGAAGAGGUGGAGGAGGAGGCUUCAGGGGGAGAGGAUAUUAAAAAUGGAGCCACGAGUGUCUUCCUGCUGUCUUACCAUAUGAUCUGCAGAGGUGAAGAACAGGAUAAAUUUUCUAGCAGACCCUGAAAAAGUGUUUAUAAAGAACUUGAAACUGUAAAAUGCCAAUUAAUGUUACAUUUAAUGACUAUUUAUCAACACACAAGGACAAUAUAGCAGCUGCUGAAGAAUUGAAGACUGCUCAGAGUAUACUGAACUUUUUAAACUCAGCCAAGAUAAUGCUGUUCUUAAACCGUUUCUUUUUUACAAACUAUUUUAAUUAAUGCUUGACUUCAUGGUGGCAUGGUGGAGUUGCGAGUGAACAAUCUGUUGAUUCCUUUUUUUUUUUUUUAAACUCUGCAGGUUCUCUAAAUACACAUCUGUGAAUCUGUUACCUAUGUGGUGACUGAUCCCUUGUUCUCAUCCUCUCUUUAUAUUUAAUCCACUGGGUUGCUGUACAGUGGACCUGCCAUUUAAACAAUCUGUAUGAACCUUUAUCUAAACUUCAAAAAACCAAAGGCAUUAUGACAUAUUUUUCUUAGAAGCUACUGUCUGUUGAAUAAUUUCAAGUUAAUACUAUUCUUCUAAGUCGCCUAAAUAGUUGUGUCUGAUUACACUGACGCUGAAAUUGCUCAGGAUUUUUCCUGUCUUAGCCUAUUUCUCUGAGAUUUUGGUGCCCUGGGAAAACACCAUUGUGGUGCACUGAGCUUGCAGAGGUUUAGAUCAAAUAGCUUGCCAUAGUUAGGGCUUCUCCACGCAUGAUGCUUUCAGUUAAGUACUCCCUAAAGGCAUAAAAAAAGCGUGCAUGAGCCUUCAGUGCAGGCUCUAUUGUCUUUAAUCAGAUGCAUUAUGAGGAGUGUUGAAAAGCUAGUAACUAUCUCUUUUUAAGGAUGGAGAAUGACAGGGUGCCUCUCUACUUGUUAGCUCUGAAAACAUAAAAAGAAUGGAAAAACAGAAUCUUUCUCUCCAGAUUUCAUCUCAAGCAGUGAGUGUGUUGGUAGAGUCUUAUGCUAAGCAUUUUUGAAGAGAUCUGUGGAAUAAUCUAAGUGAUAGUAUUUUGAAUAUCUUCAGUAUGGAAGAAAAAUGCAUUUCAGAUCUUGCUGUUACUUUUUUUUUUUUAUUAGUGAACACAGGUGAAAAAGAGUUAUGUUAGCCUUGUACUUAACAAAAAGAAAAAAAUGAAAAAAUUCUGGCUGUCUGUGCCAGAAUUGGACAGUUGCUUGUUAUUUUAACAAAAAUGAGUGCUCAUCGUGAAUAAUCCUUGGAACAAAACUUGAAACAAGUUAGAAAAACUGUUCAAGAAUUCAGCUAGGAAGCCUAAACAGAUACUACAUAGGAUAACAUGUAAAAUGUUCUUAUGUUACAAGGAAAAUGUUGAAAAUUUUGCUAGGUCUGCUUUUAUGAGAAGAAAUACGUCUACUGUUCAACCACAGCAAAGUCGGGAUUCAGGGGAUACAGAUUCUUUUCCUGAUAUUGUUGCAGACUUCAAUUUAGUCGGGUCAGUUAAAUCCAGACUGUUAAAGACGCUUAGACUCUUUGUUACUGUGCCUUGCUAGGCCUAAGUGACUUAGGCUAUGAUUUAAUCUAGACAAAACCUUAUGCAAGUCAUUGUAGCUAUUGUAAGCCACCUCUGGCAUACUAAAUUGCAGUCAAACAAUACCAACCUGAAGUGAAGUCAGUCCUGCCUUCACUUUGUCAUAUUUGUAAUUGUUUGCAUCCUCUGCUGUGCUGCAUUCCCCCCUGAUGCUUCAGUGCCCAGUUGUGAGCGUGCGACUUAGAUAUUCUCUUAUUCCCUUGGCUUGGAAGACUAAGAUGAUACAAUCCUCACUCUUGUAACCAAACUCGUUCUCUGCAUAGUUGUUCUUACUGCAUGCUUCAGAGACAUUUUCUCUCUGGGUAUCGGAAGACUGCACUGGCAUUGUCCUUCAAUUGCAUGGCCUGACAGCUGUCAGUAUUAACUUGUGCCGUACCAUGGUUUCAGCCUAGGACCAAAGCAUGUGCUAUAAAUCUCACAGCAGGUGGAGCUGUGAGUCAUACUCAAGCCUGGAGCCCUUGCAAGGCCAAAGCAAAGACUUUCACAUCUCUAUUGCAAGGAGGUAAAGAACUGUAUUGUCCAUUGUAGCUGUAGAGGGAAGAUCUGUCUCUGAUAACAGGAAAUUGAACUGUAUUAUGUGACUAUCUAGUCCUAGCUGAGAAACAUGAGGAGCGUUAUGGUAUGCCUUACACCUGCAGGGGACGUUGGAUGAGGAGAACACAAAUACACAGAGAUCAUUUGUUAUCGUACGUCCUUGUGGAGCUCUCCUAGGAGAUGACAUACUACCUAUCAACAGGAGAGCUGACAGAGGUGACGGUGAGAGUGCUUUUACUAUGUUAUUUGUUUUGUGUCAGAUCCCCAGCUCCCUCCUUUCACUUGUAGCAAGUCAUAGCAUCACGGUGUCAUUCGUAAAAUGUGUACAAUAUGACAGUUGAUGGUGUUCAUGGAGCUGUGCACCAUCCAACAUCUUUUUUGUAGUGCAGUUUGUGUGCUGUGCAGGAGAUUUGAAAAUCCCCAAGCUUGUCUGUUCUCAGGUAGAAAAGAGAAUGAAAAUGAAAUACAGCUGAAAAUCAUUUCUCCUCGUUUGGUUUUAAGACUGCUCAGUCUGUUAGAGUUUCUGUUGUGUAGGAGAGUGGUACCGAUUAAUGAAACAUCGCAGUGAAACUCCUUAGGUGAGGUACAGGUAUAACAAAAACUGUACUAAUUACAUAAUUGAAAUGGAUGAACUCCAUUUAAAAGCUGAAAAAUUGGUAUCAUUGCCAGUGUCCAUUAUACAAGGUAUUGUAUUUGCUGUUUUUUUGUGUAUGUUACUACAAUUACAUUGGUUUAUCUUCUGCCCAUUUUCGCAUCUGUUUCACAUGAUUAACAUGGCUCUUGCUGAACGUAGUUGUUCAGAUAAAGAAAUGGUACUGAUAUGUAUUUGAUUCUAGAAAAGUCUUACAGCCUCAGUUUGAUGCACUGGGGUGUGUCCUGGUACUUGAAAUCUAUGCAUAGUGUUCCCAUGCACUGCCAGUGAUGGCCUUUGCAGGAAUUUCCUUAUUGACCCUAGUGGAAGUUUUUGAAAUUCAACUGUAGAGCUAAAGUGCCUGAAACUGAUGACCGCUCUCAGGUUUUCUGACCCUGCUGAUUUGAGGUGGUUGUUUGAACUGCAGUGAAACUGUAGUCUGAGUGUAAACUGACAUUAGAGAUUUUUAACACUAUGCUCCAGCACUGACAGUGGCAGAGAGGAAAAACAUUACAUAAUACUUAGAAAUGUUAUUGCCAUUUCCAUACAGGCAUGUCAGCAAAAGCUUAGGAGCAUGUGUCAGGACUUGGUGGAGCAGGUAAAAGAGCAGAAAUCGCAUCAGCGGGGUGAGAGGGGUAUAGGUGGCCACAAAGUGAGGUGUGCAAUGACUGUGAAGAAAGGUGGGGCUGCUUUGGGAAGUCCAGAGUUGCAGAGGAAUAAGUUAGAAAGGCUGGUGUCAUUGCCUUUGUCUGUUCUGAGGCCAAGGCAGCUCAAAGGGACUUAAAAAUACGCAGAUCACUAAGUCAGGAGCAAUGCUCCAGUGCAUUGCUGGACUUUUAGCAUGGCUAUGAGAUAGCCCUAGAGCUUGGAGCAUGUCAGCUGAAGGAAAUGAUUCUCGUGCAGCAGAGGGUCACAGCUGUGCCACAAUGGCAGGCUAUGGGGAUGGGCAGGCAGCUUGACAGGGCUUAAUGUUUUUAAAAAAAACACAGUUUGCAGCAACAUGAGCCAACUUUGCUUGUAAAGAGUUGGGCUGCCGUGAACAGAGAGGGAAAUAGGUCUGGCCAGGAUGGAGGUAGCAAGGUCAAAGCAUAAUGACUGAUAUUCUAUAUUCCUUUCACCCAGGAAUACUGCUUUUACCUGAAUGCACGGUGGAAACUGUCCUGAGAGAAAGGAGAAACUAAGAUGGUGAUAGAGGGGUUUUUGCUAGACCUGGUGAAUCUGUAUAAAAGUCCAAUAACCCCGCUCUUUAUCAGCUUGCUGGCCUGCAUUCUUUUUGGCCACGUAAGGCAGAAAACUGUACUCAGUGGCUGAAAUUUCUAAGUUGCAAUCUUAAAUACUUCUGAAUGUUUGCUAUUCCCUAUUGCCAUUGUAUAGGAAGUCCCAGGUUCAGCAAAGCAACCCACUAGUACCUUGGGCCCUUACUAAAUCCAAGUGCAAAUUCUCUAAUUGGAAUUUCUCUCUUUCUUGGACGUCUUUUGUCUUUAUGGAAUUGCAUUUGAUUAAAAUAAAACUUGUUCGGGACUUAGAUACUACAACAGGCUGCACUUUAUUUUGCAUGCAUAUUGCUGGCUUAACUGCAUCUUUUGUAAAGUUCCCCUUUUUCUGUGUUCCUGCAGGAGUGAUAAGCAUUUUCAGUAACAUUGUUGUGUUAUGCAUCUUCGUUAAGUACAAAGAACUUCGAACAGCAACCAAUGCGAUUAUUAUUAACUUGGCUUUUACUGACAUUGGUGUUAGUGGCAUCGGUUACCCCAUGUCUGCUGCCUCAGACCUUCAUGGAAGCUGGAAAUUUGGAUAUACUGGAUGCCAGAUCUAUGCUGCCUUAAAUAUCUUUUUUGGGAUGGCAAGUAUUGGUUUGCUUACUGUUGUUGCAGUUGACCGUUAUCUGACCAUCUGCAGACCUGAUAUAGGAAGAAGAAUGACUACCUGUAACUAUGCUACUCUAAUUAUUGUUGCUUGGAUAAAUGCAGUCUUUUGGGCCUCCAUGCCUACUGUAGGCUGGGCUAGCUACGCUCCCGAUCCAACUGGAGCAACAUGCACAGUAAAUUGGAGGAAAAAUGAUGCGUCCUUUGUUUCCUACACGAUGAGUGUAAUUGCUGUUAAUUUUGUUAUACCCUUAACAGUCAUGUUUUACUGUUAUUACAAUGUUUCCCGGACAAUGAAACAAUAUGCCACCAAUAACUGCUUGGAGAGCAUCAAUAUAGACUGGUCUGACCAAGUAGAUGUAACAAAGAUGUCUGUUGUGAUGAUUGUGAUGUUCUUGGUGGCAUGGUCUCCAUAUUCUAUUGUGUGUUUAUGGUCUUCCUUUGGAGACCCAAAGAAAAUUUCUCCUGCCAUGGCCAUCAUAGCUCCUCUGUUUGCCAAAUCUUCCACAUUCUAUAAUCCCUGCAUUUACGUUGUUGCAAACAAGAAGUUUCGGAGGGCAAUCCUGGCAAUGGUGCGAUGUCAGAGAAGACAGGAGAUAACUAUAAACAAUGCCUUGCCCAUGAGUGUGUCUCAGAAUGCAUUGACAUCAUAGAACUUAUUUCAUUUGCCUGGAUAUGUUAAAUGGAAAGAAGUCAAAUCUGGGUUACAGUUAAUCAUUUGGUAUAAUAAUCUGUCUCAUCCAGCCAGCUGUUUUCUGUUAAUCACAGUAAUGUUUUAGAUGGUUUAAAAACAAAACAAAAAAAAAAAGAUUAGACUUCAGUUUCAGGGAAUGAGGCUAAAUGGCCUAGUGUGUCUGUUCCAAACAAAAAAGGCCAGUCAGGUGUUCACUGGACUCUUGGACAAGGUGAGACAGGGAAGGGAGAGACUAAAGCAGGACAUGCUUACCUUCAGUAACAAAGAUUUUGCUCCUGUAAUUUCUUUUGUAAAUGACUUGCCCUCAAUUUCCCUUUAAAGUUUCCAGGUUUUCAGUACUCUGGAUUCUCCCUUUGUGUGUAUAUACAAGUAGACACAUACACAUAUAGAUGUAUAUAUAGCUAAACUGAAUUUCCAGACUGACAUACCUUGCAAAGUUCUGUUUCAGUGAGUAUGUUAAGAUAUCAGAAUAUCUAGCCAAACCCUGGAGAACUUGUUUUUAGCUUUCAGGAUUUUACAGGGGUUUUGUGAUAGUUAAUGAAUUUUUAAAGUCUUGGCUCACAGAAUCAAAUGAAUUUGUGGGAAAGAUGGCUUUGCUUUAGCAAUAGUAUAUUUCUGCCGUUUGUGACUGCACAGAAAGUCUUGAAAAUGAGACAAAGUGCACUCUAAAAUGUGACACCCAGAAGGCACGUAAAAUUGAAUUGGGUUUGUUCAGCAUAGAAGGAAUGACUGUUUAUAGAUCUAUAUAUGGAUGGUAGCAUAUGCACUGUUGAUUAUUCACAGGUUUUGAGAAUAAGUAUCUUCUAAUUUACCAGUCCGAAGUCUCAGUGAUCCUUCAGACAAAUUUAAUCCACUGUGACUUUAUACAGCUAAAAGCUACUCAGCUCUCUGGGUUCUCUUUCCUCUAAGACCUCUAAUGUCUGUCUGAAGGGAUGCCACUUUAAGUAGUACAGUCACUCUGGAAUGCUAAAUGUUCAACUUAACUUACAUCAAAUAUGAAAAAGCAAAAUCAGAUAAUAUAAUUCAUUCUGAGAUACCCAAAACAGCUUGGAAAAUAAAUCUUUUAGAAUGUAUAUUUUAAGUCUCACUGGGUCAUGUUAACUUCACACAGUUUUUAAGUAUGAUUUGCACCAGCAAAUGGUUUCUGUGACUGUAUUUUGAUAUUAUUAAAGUGAUGUAUGCAUAUAUCUGAAGUUUGGCUUUGCAGUGUACAAUUAUUAUUUAAAAUAUGUAAGUUUUUGGUUAGACUUCUGAAAAUGGAAUUUUUAAAAGCUCUGAAAUCUAGCCUUUCUGUUAAUUUGUAAUUUUUAGUAUUAAAGUAGUUGCCAUACAAUAUUCAUCUUGUGAAAGUAUUUUCUAGUGCUCUGUUGAAGUACUUGCUGUAGUAGAUUUCCUUCAGGGUCCUUGGAAUACUUUAUGGAUGUUUAGUAGCUAUAACAUUGGCCCUCAGAAGCAGCAAAGAGGUAUUUUAUUAUGUACUACCUCUGUAGUUACAACUGCAUAUUAAAAUAGUCUUGAAACACGUUGGAUAUAAUUUGGAACAGAAUGUGUUCUUCUGAUACAACAAAGAACAAGCUGGUUUAGCUGAUCCCUUUCAGGAUACAUUUGAAGGUUAAGUAACUACAGAUCUUGGCUAAUCUGAUGUAAUCUGCUGUUACUAAAUGGAUGUCUACAUUCACGUUCGUAGCAUACUGCACACGAGCACCUGGAAAUAAAGUUUUCAAAUUUGUUCGUAUCUAUUUUUCUGGGAAAGGAGCCAUGUAUCUGUUUACAUGCUUAUAC